ACUCUUAAUGCAGAUCUUCAUUAAGACUCUGAAUGGGAAGACCAUCGCUCUCGAUGUGAUCCAUAUGGAUACAAUAGAAGAAAUCAAGCAACAAAUCAAAGAUCGAGAAGGCAUUGAGCCUCACGACCAAAGACUCAUUUAUGGAGGCAAGAGUUUAAACGACGAUAAAAGAACCCUUGCAGAUUAUAAUAUCGCCAAGGCUUCGACUAUUUACCUGGUCCUCAAGCUUCAUGGGGGCUAUAGUGGGAGAAAUAAUCGAAACUGAAGUGCUUGAGUCUUUUAAAACUAAAC